AUUUUCGAUGAAAACUUCUUUCUGUGGGGAAGAAAUUUGCUAUGUUUACAAAUGAACUACCCCAUCUCAAUCAGAUUUGAAAUUACCGAGGGUAAAAAAAGCCUUUUAGAAGAUAUUCGAUAUACUGCAUCGAAUUAUAAGCCUCCGCCAAGUUUCCAUGGUUUAACUUACGCCGAAGUCACAUCGAAUACAAUUGUUGAUCAAAAAGAAAGGGCUAAUUGUUUGGGUUAUCGGACACCUAUUCAAUACACAAUUGAAACGAUUUUAGUUCCAUAAUGACAAUUUACGUUGUUUAGGUGAAAAUAUUAAGGAAAGUAUGGAAAAAGACGAGAAAGAUAGUUGUACAGGAAAUGGUAAUGUCUCGGAAACACCUUCGACUAUAGACACCACUAGUCCAAUCAAUCAAACCAUACGUUUCAUAUAUGGUAACCCUUCAGUGGAAACUUUUGAGGGAGUUUUACACAUCUAUAAAGAUAACCAGUUCGUCUAUAUUCUUUGAAAACAAUAUUCUAAAUAAUAGCCAUAUUAUUGAACAGGAAAGCUGAAGAUUGUUCUAGUUCUUUAAUUUUAAUGAUUGCUGUCCCAGCUACUAAAACAACACAAGAUAUUCUUCAAUUCCUUGGACCAGUCUCGCUUUGGUUAGAGCAUAUACGAAUUAUUAGGGACUCUACUCCUAAUCAAUAUAUGGUUUUAAUGAAAUUUAGAAAUCAGAAAUAUGCGGUAGAUUUCUUUCAAAAUUUUAAUGGAAAAUCUUGGAAUUCACUUGAAUCCGAAGCUGUUCAUUUAUUGUAUACAUCGGCUGUUGAGUUAUUAACUUCGUCAGAAGGAGGAAGUCUACCUGUUGUUGGUACAACUGAAUUACCGACUUGUCCAGUUUGUUUAGAAAGAAUGGACGAGUCGGUUGAUAGUAUAUUGACUAUAUUAUGUAGUCACUCUUUUCAUGGAUCUUGUCUUGUGAAAUGGACUGAUACUUCCUGUCCCGUUUGUAGAUAUAUACAAACACCAGAACAGGAUCAAGAAAGCUUGUGUGUACAAUGCGAUGCCAGACAAGACUUGUGGAUUUGUUUAAUAUGCGGUCAUGUAGGAUGUGGAAGAUAUUUAGAAGGUCACGCCUAUGAACACUAUAAAUUGACACAUCACACGUAUUCCAUGCAAUUAGGAGCAAAUCGAGUUUGGGAUUACGCAGGCGAUAGUUACGUGCAUAGGCUUGUGCAAAGUUCUGGAGAUGGAAAGAUUGUCCAAGUCAUGAAUGAGAGUGAGACAUCUGCUGAUGAUAAAAAUGAUGCCUUGCAAUUAGAAUAUACUUAUAUUUUAACUAGUCAAUUAGAGACUCAGAGACUUUACUUCCAAGAAAAACUAGAUCAGAUUGAAAGUGAGAGUAAAAAGCAUCAAGAUGACCUUAAAGAAGCUUUUAAUAACCAGGAAAGAAAACUACACGAAGUUUUAAAUAGAAUGGAUAGAUUAGAAAAAGAAAAGAAAAGUUUAGAACAGAAAAAUGCUAGUCUUUCAACACAAGUAAAUCGAUCAAAAAAAGAUCUUGAAGAAGAAAAGCAGUAUAAUCUCUGUCUUCGCAAAAAUCAGGACGAAUGGAGUAAAAAAUGUGCAAAACUUGAAGAAACAAUUAAAAGGAAAGAUACUGAAAUACAAAGUUUAGAAGAGCAAGUCCGUGAUGUUAUGUUCUCUUUAGAUGCUCAAAUGAAAUUAAAAGAGGAAGCUACAGAAGAAGAGCUCAGAUCUUCCUCGAUGAGUGUAGAUGCUUCAGCACCGCAGCGUUCUCAACGCCGUAAAUCACGUAAAAAAUAAAUUACCAAUAUUUGAAACAUGUUAAAGCUAAGUAUGCUUGUAAAUAUUUCCUCAAGUUCUUUUAAGUUUUUUAAAGGGCAUGAAAUUCCGUAUAAACUGCUGUUAUUUCAAGUAAAAUACUUAAAAAUACACUUGAUGUUACAGACACUAAUUGGUCUAUUUUUCUCUUUUCACCUUGUUUUUAUCACAGUAUUUUUAGUUUUGUUUUCUC